ACUAUCGACAUCGAAAGGCGGUUGCGCAGUGCGAACUUCGUUAGUGUUGAAAACAAAAAUGUUUGUGUGAAUUGUGGAUUUUUUGUUCCAAAUAAUUAAACUGAAUAUAAUGUGAUUCUUUAUACAAGAACCUAUAACCAAAACUGUGCCUAACCGAACCCUGCUCAUAAAUAAUUCUAUGAACUAAAUUACGGGAUUUGUUAGAGAACUAAUUAUCGGUUUCUGUUUUACAUCUCGCAACGAAAAGUUCGGCUUUUCUAUUCCUGUUGAAGACAGAUGAGCCUGCGGCCCCACCGAUGAUUUAAGAUGUCCAGAUAUAAACAACCAAAUAAACUCGAAAAACUUGCACUAAAAAGUCUCGGCGAAUGGGUGGCCGAACAAGCUCAGCAUCAUUUACAACCAAUAACGAGCCUGUCUAUGCGUGAUACGAAUGCUGCUCAAUCACAUCUUUCUAAAAGUAUCAAUAAUUUACGGAACUAUUUGGAAUACAAUGUUCCGUGGAUGCUUCAUGAUUUACUAGCUGAUGAGGCAAUACGCGCAUUGUCAGAACUAUUAGAGAAAACAAAGAGUUCCUUAGGUUUUCGCGGUUGCAUGGGAAAAUUUGUGAGUCAAAUGAACAUUAUAGCACGAAUGGCAGAAGUGCUAUUUACUAAAUAUUUAACGACUUUAUCCAUAGACAGUAUACCUAAGAUGUUACGUUCAGUAUUUUAUUCGAAUAUCGAUAAGCUCUAUGGUUUAGUUUACUUGAAUUUAGGAUCAUUGUCAGGAGGUUGGAAAACCAGUGACAUGGAAAAUGCCGUAAUAAAAUCUCUGAAGAACCUUCAUAAUUUAAAAUAUUUAUUCUUAAAUUAUGACUGUACAGACAAUAUAUUAAAAUGUAUUGUUGAAAAUUGUAGAAAUCUCACUAAACUCGAUAUUUCUUGCUCAAAAUGUAUCACUAAUGACAGUAUAGAUAUAUUAGCAGAGUUCAAACAAUUAACAAGCAUUCAAUUGUACCGCACCUUUGUUACAGUUGAUGGGUUUGUUAAGUUGUUGUUAAAAUGCAAAAACAUUCAAGAUAUUGGUAGGUGUGAUGAAAUUGGUAGGGUCUUGGAAAUUAUCAACUUGUACUAUGCAGAGUCUGCUCCAUUCAAUUUAAGAACGUACGUGAGUAGAUAUGCUACUUCCGAUCACUUACAAUUAGCUGUUCAAAUGUGCCCGUACGUUACAAAUUUAACCGUUUUUCAUAAUACGUUACAAAGUGACCUAAUGGUUCUUAUUGGUUUUAAGAAUUUAACCGAAUUAAAACUGCUUUCGUGUGAUUUUUAUGCGGAUCAGAUAAAGCAAGUUUUACAAGUAAAAGGAUGCAAUAUUGUUAAUUUACAUCUAGAGCACGUUGAUCAGAUCGAUUUAAAUGCACUCAUGUACAUCAGUCAAAUGUGCCCACUUCUAGAGAGUCUCACUCUUUACAACUGUUCAAUGAUACAGCAUACAUCGUUAUACACAAAAAACUUAGAAAUUUUGCCUUUCCGUAACUUAAAAAGGGUGACUUGUGUAUCUAAAUGCUCUGAUGAGCAAUUACUUUUUAUCUUAAAUAAUUGUUUGAAUGCAGAAUUUAUUCACAUAGGGACUGCAUUUCAGCUAACUGAUGAAUUUAUCUUUAAGGUUUUGGAUAAAAAUCCACUUAUUUAUUUAAAAGAAUUACGUAUAAUGUUAUCAGAAUUUUUAACAAUGUUAUCAGUGCAAAGAAUCAUUCAAAGCUGCAUUAGUUUAGAAAUAUUAGUUGAAUUAGAGAGUUGGGUAUUAUUAACUGAAUCUGAUCGUGAAUACAUACGAAAUUACAUCCAAGUUAACAAUUUAAACAUUGAUACUGCACCGAUUCGUAGGUACGAUGCAUAAUAUCUGUCUGAUCGAAUUAAUUGAAUGUCUGUAGGAAAUCACGGUGAUCAUCGAGAUUUAUGCAACGCUAGCGUUAAUGGUUAAUGAUAUUGGAGCAGCAACCAUCACUAAAUACUUUGAUGCUCCGUCCAUCCAAAAAGUUAGCUAUCCACUUUCAAAGUCACGGGCAUUUCGUAUGAUGAUAACAUCGAUAGAAGACUCUUGCCUUGCCCAUGGCCUUUGCGAUAUAUGUGCUUAAAGUGGUUACAUCGGCCUUGCUCUCCAAAGACUCAGCUCAGACCUGUAAGCAAAAAAUACGCUAGCUGAACGCUCGCGAUGGAAUCCGUAUGUCGGUCGUUGAUCUGCUGGUUAUUUUCAUAUACACCAAGUGUUGAUCACUACCUCCGCCACCUAAGAGGACAAGUUAUAGCGAUAGACCUUGUAUUUCGACAGGUCUCACCAACCUUCUUAGGAAUAGAGUGAACAUUACCGGUCUUCCAAGAAGACGGAAAACUAUUGGUGCUAAGAUAGGCGAUAUUGUUAGCGCAAGAGCAUAUAGCUUAGGCUAAGUUCCUUAAGGAACAGAACGUCUGAAGUCAAGUUGGAA